GGCUACACACCGAAAGCCUCAAGCCUCAGACAACUGCUAGAGAGAGAAUACAGUUUACAGUCGGGCUCGGGCCAAAGUGGGGAAGAGUGCGCGUGAGGUCGUGUGCUUUCAGCACGGCGGUUUUUUACAUCUGUCGAACGAAUUUUUUAUAAACGAAUCUUUUAGCAUAGCAAGCAUUUUUUGCAAUCAUGAUGACCGACGGAUACAAUAACGUCGAUCAGGCAGCCUACGAUGGCUACAUGGAACAAGAGGAAGAGUGGGAACGAGAAGGACUUCUCGAUCCAGCUUGGGAAAAACAACAAAAAAAGACAUUCACGGCAUGGUGCAACAGCCAUUUGAGAAAGGCCGGCACAGGCAUCGACAACAUCGAAGAAGACUUCCGAAAUGGUCUGAAACUUAUGUUGCUGUUGGAAGUAAUAUCCGGAGAGACACUACCGAAGCCCGACCGUGGCAAGAUGAGAUUCCACAAAAUCGCCAACGUCAACAAGGCCCUGGAUUUCAUCGCUAGCAAGGGAGUCAAAUUGGUAUCAAUCGGCGCAGAAGAAAUUGUUGACGGAAACUUGAAAAUGACACUUGGUAUGAUUUGGACUAUCAUUCUCCGAUUCGCCAUCCAGGAUAUCUCCGUCGAAGAGAUGACUGCCAAAGAAGGUCUCCUGUUAUGGUGUCAAAGAAAGACUGCCCCAUAUAAAAACGUCAACGUACAAAACUUCCACCUGUCAUUCAAAGACGGUUUGGCAUUCUGCGCUCUUAUCCAUCGUCACCGACCAGAUCUCAUUGACUACAAUAAACUGUCAAAAGAUAAUCCUCUAGAAAACCUCAACACUGCCUUCGAUGUUGCCGAGAAGUAUCUCGACAUUCCAAGGAUGUUGGAUCCAGAUGAUCUGAUCAACACUCCUAAACCCGACGAGCGUGCUAUCAUGACUUACGUGUCAUGCUAUUAUCACGCUUUCCAAGGGGCACAACAGGCCGAAACCGCCGCGAACAGAAUCUGCAAAGUACUGAAAGUCAACCAAGAAAAUGAACGUCUUAUGGAAGAAUACGAACGUUUGGCAAGCGAUCUUUUGGAAUGGAUUCGUCGUACCAUGCCAUGGUUGAAUUCCCGCCAGACGGAUAAUUCACUCGCUGGCGUUCAGAAGAAAUUAGAAGAGUACCGUACGUAUCGUCGCAAACAUAAACCACCACGUGUGGAACAAAAAGCAAAACUGGAGACUAACUUCAACACCCUCCAAACCAAGUUAAGACUGUCAAACAGACCCGCCUACAUGCCAACAGAAGGAAAAAUGGUUUCGGAUAUUGCUAACGCCUGGAAAGGCCUUGAACAUGCCGAAAAAUCCUUCGAAGAAUGGCUCUUAUCUGAAAUGAUGCGUCUAGAACGUUUGGAACAUUUAGCCCAGAAAUUCAAACACAAGGCAGAUGCGCACGAAGAAUGGACCCGCGGAAAAGAAGAAAUGCUCCAGAGCCAAGACUUCAGACAAUGCCGUCUUAACGAAUUGAAGGCGUUGAAGAAGAAGCACGAAGCUUUCGAAUCUGACUUAGCUGCCCAUCAAGACCGAGUGGAACAGAUCGCCGCCAUUGCACAGGAAUUAAAUACUCUUGAAUACCACGACAGCGUGAGCGUCAAUGCAAGAUGCCAGCGUAUCUGCGACCAAUGGGACAGGCUCGGAGCUCUAACCCAACGUCGUCGCCAAGCUUUAGAUGAAGCAGAAAGAAUCUUGGAGAAGAUCGACAUCCUCCAUCUCGAAUUCGCCAAGCGUGCAGCUCCUUUCAACAACUGGUUGGACGGUACUAGAGAAGACUUGGUUGACAUCUUCAUUGUACACACGGUCGAAGAAAUUCAAGGCUUGAUUGAUGCCCACCAUCACUUUAAGGCAACACUAGGAGAGGCCGACAAAGAAUACCAAAGCAUUGUAGGACUUGUUAGAGAAGUAGAAUCUAUUGUUAAGCAACAUCAAGUACCUGGUGGACUAGAAAAUCCCUACACGACAUUGACAGCUCACGAUUUGACCAGAAAAUGGGGAGAAGUUAGGCAGUUGGUGCCUCAGAGAGAUGCCACACUCCAAGCCGAACUUAGGAAACAACAGAAUAAUGAAAUGCUCAGGCGUCAAUUCGCCGAGAAGGCUAACGGUGUUGGACCAUGGAUAGAACGUCAAUUGGACGCUGUAACUGCUAUCGGUAUGGGACUCCACGGUACACUAGAAGAUCAAUUGCAUAGACUUAAGGAAUACGAACAGGGUGUAUAUGCUUACAAACCACACAUUGAGGAAUUGGAGAAGAUCCAUCAAGCCGUACAAGAAAGCAUGAUCUUUGAAAACAGAUAUACUCAAUACACAAUGGAAACUCUCCGUGUCGGAUGGGAGCAACUCCUAACCUCAAUCAACCGCAAUAUCAAUGAAGUCGAAAACCAAAUUUUGACCCGUGAUUCUAAGGGUAUUACACAAGAACAGCUCAACGAAUUCAGAUCUUCCUUCAAUCACUUCGAUAAGAACAGAACUGGUCGCUUGACACCCGAAGAAUUCAAAUCGUGCCUAGUCUCUUUGGGCUAUUCCAUUGGAAAAGACAGACAAGGAGACAUCGAUUUCCAGAGAAUUUUAGCCGUCGUAGAUCCAAAUAGCACUGGAUAUGUACACUUCGAUGCGUUCUUAGAUUUCAUGACUAGGGAGAGCACAGACACAGAUACAGCUGAACAAGUCAUUGAUAGUUUCCGUAUUUUAGCUGCAGACAAGCCAUACAUCUUGCCCGAUGAAUUGAGAAGAGAACUACCACCAGACCAAGCUGAAUACUGCAUCCAACGUAUGCCCCCAUACAAGGGACCCAACGGUGUUCCCGGAGCUCUUGACUACAUGUCCUUCUCAACGGCUCUUUAUGGAGAAUCAGACCUUUAAACGUUGUUUUAAAUAUAAAUAUAUCAAAAACACCCAUCGUACUCACGGUGAUAUUAUCAAAGCCAUAUUAGGGUUGUCAAAAGAUCCCUUACAUUAACAAAAAAUGUUACAUAUAUUUAUUUUUCUUAAAAAAUAUUGAAAUAUCGAUUUGUAAUGCUAAAUUUCACACAUAUCAGUUGUAGUGAUAGAACCUACUGAAUGUUGUAAUAUUGCUGUGAGACAACUACACUACCAACGAGUUUCUACAAACUAGUGUUGAUAGAUACCAACUGUAUCAGAUAUUGUGCCAAUACUUUUUGAUUUUUGCAAAAAUUGUUAUUGUCUAUGUUAAAUUAAGUCUUCGUAAGAUGAUGUUGCUAUGAUAUAGCGUGGUAUAAACGGUAUAGUUGUUGCAUUGUGAUAUUACCUUGUUUAGUGGGAUGUCCCUUGUUUAAAACAGGCUUGCCAGCUAAACGACACUUGAUAAAAUCAAGUUGAAAAUCGAAUUCAUCGAAUUUUUUUUUGUUUUGGCUUCUUUUUUUUUCUUUCAGAUUGAAAACACGUUCACCGUUUCAUCAUUGUUCCCUCCCGUAUAGACCACCUUUAUUAUGUACUUUUUUUGCAAGUGCUCAGAUAUUUAUUUAUUUACUUUUAGGCUUGAAGUGUACAGAUUUUAUUAUUUUUGAGUAAAUGCUCUUUAUUAUCGUAGAUUUUAAGCUCAACCUUAUAACUUUUAGUUCAAACAUGGAAUGUAAUAAAGAGCUUUUACUAUUAUAUAUAUUAUUUUUUGGUUGGAGUUUAUGUAAUGUAAAAUAAAGUAUUUGCCCAAAGUAUACUAACUUAUAUAAGUAAUGAGAAAUAAAAUAUAUUUGAUUCGAAAUAAUUUAUUUUUAAUUUUAUGGGGUCGAUGAUUUUGUUAGAAUACUAUCUUUGCCUUUUUAUCACUGCAGCCUAAUAGCAAUGUAAGGAAGCACCCUUAGCUACAAGAACGAUAGCUAUUUUCAGAAUAGUGUCUCUGACAAAUACAUGAUUGAAUUUAAUGCUAUAUGGUGUAUUUUGCCUUAUAAAAUUCUGAAAAUGUAAAUAACAUCUCAUCUCUUUUUGCCCUCUUAGGCGUCUGAUUUUUUAUCCAACUUAGGUAUUUAUUCAAUUAUAAAAAAUAUCCAAUCCGUUUAGGUACAUUAUUAAAAACAAUAAUAAAAAUACUUGUUUUUAUCUUGUAAAUAUUGAUAAUACCUUCAUCAAAUUAUAUACUCUUAAAAUUUAAAAGAGUGUUAGUUUUUCUCUAUGAUUCAACCUUCAUAAGUUAGGUGGUAGACUUAUCUAUGGUUCGAUGGUUAGCUAGUACUUGUACAUUCGAAUCUUUCUAGCUGGAUUGAAAUGGGUGCAGUAAUAACCUGUGUAUAAAAUAACUUGUGAAAUCUGCGGUUUCUUGAAAAACAUCAUAAACAUUCAAAUUUAUUGAACAGACAUAUAAACUAGUAUAAAAGAUAUGCAGAUUAUUUUUCUGAGAAAAAUGGACAUUUUUUCAAUUCCAAACUAAUGCCAACGCUGACAUUAUCUCAGUUAGAGCAGAUAUUCUUAGAUUUUGAUAGUUUAAAAAAAAACAAAAAAUUAAAAAUGAUCUGUCUCUACCAUUAUUUUGCAAUCGUAAAGUAGUCUAUUUUCACAGUACUCUGUGUUUGUCUGAAGUUGAAUAGAAUUGGCAAAUGUAGCACACCAACAAAAUCAGCUAUCCUGUAUAUUUGAUUGUGUAUUUUUUAGAGUUGAGCAGCUGAUGCUGUGAUGUGUAUGCAGUGCUAUAUACCUUAUAUUGAGAACUUUGUAUUUCUUAAUUUACGUCUAUAUCUUAAUAUAUGUAAUUUUAAAUUUUU